UGCAAUACAUUGAACUGCCGCCCUUUGCGCAUUGUUCGACACCAAGAGGUAAUGAGCGCGUUUUCAUCGAACUGAGUUACUUAUGAGGCAGAGGCCUGCCUUAACCAAUGACGCACGAUCACAACCCGAUGUAAAGCUGCGACAACCAAUGGGUGAAGAGCGCGCAUUUCCGGCUUACUAACUCACAGCCGUGCCUGUCGUUGUGGUGAGCGCUGUGGACGGCGGUAAAAUGGCGACCCCCGCCAAACGCAAACCCAGGAGCGGUGAGGCGGGAGAGAGCGGUGGGAACAAUCGCCGCAAUAGGCAAAACACAGAGGCCGCCGGACCGGAAGCGGGCUGCCGACUGAAUACAGAAUCGCCGUUUGUAGAGGGAGCUAUCGUGAGGAUUUCCAUGGAGAACUUCCUUACAUACGAUAACUGUGUGGUGUAUCCAGGUCCCCAUCUAAACAUGAUAGUUGGAGCUAAUGGAACAGGUAAAUCAAGCAUUGUUUGUGCCAUAUGCCUGGGACUGGCAGGGAAGCCUUCCUUCAUAGGACGAGCAGACAAGGUUGGUCACUACGUGAAGCGGGAUUGUAACAAAGCAGUAGUUGAAAUUGAGGUGUUUAAGAACCCAACUAAUCUUAUUAUUACACGAGAAAUGUCUGUAGCAAACAACCAGUCAUCUUGGUUAAUUAAUGGACAACAUUCCACUCUCAAAAUGGUAGAGGAUCAAGUUGCAGCCUUAAAUAUCCAAGUAGGCAAUCUAUGCCAGUUUCUUCCACAGGACAAAGUUGGAGAAUUUGCAAAAUUAUCCAAGAUUGAACUCCUUGAAGCCACAGAGAAAUCAGUUGGUCCUCCAGAAAUGUACAAAUUUCACUGUGAUCUCAAAAACUUCAGGCAGAGAGAACGAGAGUUAGAGAAUUCAUGCAAAGAGAAACAUAACAACCUAGAGAAAAUGAAGCAAACGAAUGAAAGGUAUAAGCAGGAUGUAGAGCGAUAUCAUGAACAUAAGCGCCAUCUAGAUUCAAUUGCAAUGCUUGAGAGAAAAAGGCCUUGGGUGGUAUACGAAGAUGUUCGUAAGCAGUAUGAAGAAGUGAAGCAAAACCGAGAUCGUCGGAAGGAGGAAUUAAAAGCAUUAAGAGAAGCACAAUCUCCCAUGACACAUCAGAUCCAGGAGGCUGAGAAACAGUGUGCAAGUCUGGAUAACAAAAUGAAAGAGAAAAUGGCAGCCAUCAAAGAAACAUCUCAAAAAUGUAAACAGUGUCAAGAUGCUUUGGAGACAAAAGACAAAGAAAUUGAAAAAGUUAAACUGGCUUUGAGGAUGAAGAAAGAUGAAGAAAUGGAUAGACAGAAGAGAGUACACAACACUCGUAAGAUGAUAGAAGAUUGGAAAAAUGAGCUGAGAAAUACAGACAGUUCUGAGAAUAUUCAGCCUCAGAUAGAUUCAGUUAAUGCUGAACUUAGACAUUUAGAGGAAGAGAGAGCAAAUAUUGAUGGUGAAUUAAAUGGCCUGAGAAGAGAAAAGGAGAACUUGCUGAAGGACGAAAAAGGAAUAACUGAUCGCAUUGUACAGUUUGACAAUAUGAUGAAUAUGAAGGAAGAGAAGCUCAAAAGGAGAUUCCGAGACACACAUGUUGCUCUUAUGUGGCUAAGAGAGAACAGAAACCGGUUUCAAAGAGAUGUCUAUGAUCCCAUGAUGCUUGCAAUCAAUAUGAAAGAUCAUAAGCAUGCUAAAUAUGUAGAAAAUUACAUUUCAUCCAACGACUUGAGGGCCUUUGUCUUUGAAAACAAAGAAGAUAUGGACAUCUUUCUAAGAGAGAUGCGUGAUGGCCAGAGGCUACGCGUGAAUGCUGUUUGUGCACCUGACGAGUCGUGGGCUGAAAUUAGGCCUUCAAAACCAAUUGAAGAACUGUACCGGUAUGGAUUUUUCUCUUACUUGCGAGAGUUAUUUGAUGCUCCCCACCCUGUGAUGAAUUACCUGUGCUCUCAAUAUCGCAUUCAUGAAGUCCCUGUGGGAACAGAGAAAACCAGAAAUAUGAUUGAAAGGGUCAUACGGGAAACAAAACUUAAACAGAUCUUCACAGCAGAAGAAAGAUAUAUAGUAAAAGUGUCUGCUUACACAAAUCAAACUAUUUCCAGUAAUGUAUCAUUGUGGCCAGCACAGUUCCUUACUGUCACAGUGGACGCAGAUGAGAGAAGACAGCUGGAAAAUCAACAGAAGGAAAUUAUCAGGCAAUUGCAGUCAUUGGAUUCUCAAAUGGCUUCCCUAUCUGAGAAACAAAAACGUCUGGAAUACAGAGACAAUGAACUAAGACAACAGAAAAAGUUGCUUUUGGAAAGAAAAAACAAACGGAAGCAAUUGGAAUCAAAAAUUAGUAUGAAAAGUGACAGCUUGAGACGAAUGGAGCAAGAUGCCAUCAACCUGGAAGAAGCGACUGAGGAAGCAAAUACUGAAAUAAAACGAAUUAACAUUGAGAAAGUAAAACUUGUAACAGAAUUUAUGCAGCUAAUAAAGUGUUGUGUGACCCUGAACAAACACAAAACAGAUUUGGUUCUACAGAAUGUGAAAGCAGCUUUCCACAAGAGCAGACUUGAGGCUGAAUAUAAAGCUGGCACUGUACAGCUACGAGCUGCAGAGCAACAGUUUCAGGAACUGGAAGAAAGGAAACGUAUUCUCUUGGAGGACUGUAAGGGCUUAAUGAGGAAAGCUAUGCAAGCUUGUAACCUUCGUCCAAAUCAAAAUCUUCCAGAACAUUUCAGCACUGCAUUCCUAGCACUUCCAAACACACUGGAUGAAAUUGAUGCUAUGCUGAAUGAGGAAAGAUCAAGAGCUUCCUGUUUCACAGGCGUCAGUGCUUCAGUUGUUGAUGAAUGUAAUAAAAGGACGGAAGAAAUAGCGCAUAUGACAGUGGAGCUGGAGGAAAAGAAAAAAGAACUGGAUGACUAUAGGCAGAAUAUUUCACAGGUUAAGGAAAGGUGGCUAAGCCCUUUGAAACAGUUGGUUGACCAAAUUAAUGAAAAGUUCAGUGGCUUUUUUCGUUCCAUGCAGUGUGCAGGGGAAGUGGAUUUACAUACAGAAAAUGAGGAAGAAUAUGACAAAUACGGAAUUCGGAUUAGAGUCAAAUUUCGCAGCAGCACCCAACUUCAUGAACUGAAUCCACAUCAUCAGAGUGGAGGGGAGAGAAGUGUUUCAACUAUGUUGUACUUGAUGGCUUUACAGGAACUCAACAGAUGUCCCUUCAGAGUAGUAGAUGAAAUAAAUCAGGGAAUGGACCCAGUUAAUGAAAGGAGAGUCUUUGAUGUGGUGGUAAAAACGGCUUGCAAGGAAAGCACUUCUCAGUACUUCUUCAUUACACCAAAGCUCUUGCAGAACCUUACUUAUGCAGAAAAAAUGACAGUGUUGUUGGUCUACAAUGGAUCUUCUAUGCUAGAAUCGAGCAAGUGGGACUUAAAAGCUUUCUCUAGGAGGAGGCGGCGAUUUCAUUAAUGACUAAUCAAUAAAGAUCUUCCAGAUGCCUUUUGAAACCUAGAUCAAAAUUACCUGGAAAAGUCCGAAGAACUAAAUUCCGUUGUUUACUUUACUUCACAACUCUCUUGAAGAGGCUUACCUUUUAUUUUAUAGUAUGUACUUUAUUUCAUCUUCCUGGUCAUUUUCCCCUGGAGGAUGGCAAGCACCAAUUGUUUUUGGAAGAAUCUUUCAUAUUGGCAACUUUUCAGUCCACUUUGGAGGUGGAUUGUGGGGGGAAGCACCUACAUAGUCUUUCACAGCUUUGGAGCUUUCACUUAUUUACCUUCUUUUUAUAUAUCUUGUAAAUGUUCUGAUAUAGCUUUGGCAGUUUUUGGUGAACUGGUAAAGUUUUCACCAAGUCUGUUCAGCAAGGAAAGUUUAACAAUUCUCACAUUCCAUGCUUGUAAAUUCAAAAAAGACUAUGCAAGCUAUUUAAAGAUCUCAUGUUGUAAUUAAUAUGUGACGCUCAACUAUAAAAAGCCUUCCUCACAUUACUCCUAAGGUACCAUCUUAAUCGUGUUCUGGAAGAAGACAAAAGGUUUCAGACACUUACAAAAGAUGUAUAUACAAUGUCUUUCUAUCUUAAGCAAAUAGUUUCUGCUGAUAUUAACUGGUCAUUUCUCAUUUUAUACAAUGUACCAUCCUUACAAGAUGGAUCAUACUUAAAUUUUAUCCCAUAUACUUUAUAUAUAUAUAUAUAUAUAUAUAUGUAAUUCUGCCAAAAAAAAGAAAGAAAAAACAAAUUCUAGCAAACUAUUUUUUGUAUAA